CAAACACGCAUACCAAGUAGCUGCUCGGUUGCUUCUCGCGCUCAGUAUCGGACCCAGUGGAGCUGUUCAGCGUUUAUCGGUAGUGUCACCGAACAGUCCCCACGCUCACGGAACCGCUGACCCAUGUGAUACUGCAGCGCUGCGAGCGCCGAAGGGAGGGGGGCGAGAGACACAUUUUCCCCCUGCAUCUCCACUCGGUAGACUGGAGAAGCAGGUGCACACUUGGGAGGGAGAGAGAGAGAGAGAAUGAGAGAGAGAGAGUGAGAGAGCGAGAGAGAGAGAGAGAGAGAGAGCGAGAGAGAGAGAGAGAGAGAGAGAGAGAGAGAGAGAGAGAGAGAGAGAGAGAGAGAGAGAGAGAGAGAGAGAGUUGGAGGGGGGGCGGCAGAGUCGCGCGCGUGGAUCUCUCAUCAUCGUCGCAGUCCUCCGCGAGGAUGUAUCCAACAGCUCGGCUUCUGCCGCGCGCGCGCUGCCGCCAGUGUAACGGAAUCACAUGUGUGAUCUAGGCUAACGGCGGUUCCGAUCGGUUUCUCUGGGCUCGGAUGGUCCGCGCGCUCCAAACACAAUUCAACCGGGAAAUCAACGCACACCAGCCAUGGCGCUGGUCAUGGAACCCAUCAGCAAAUGGUCCCCAAAGCAGGUGCUGGACUGGAUGAAAGGGCUGGACGACUGUUUGCUGCAGUAUAUGAGGACGUUUGAGCGGGAACAGAUAACCGGAGAGCAGCUGCUGCACAUCACCCAUCAGGAGCUGGAAGAGCUUGGCGUGACCCGCAUCGGACACCAGGAGCUCAUUCUGGAGGCUGUGGACUUACUCUGUGCACUGAACUAUGGUCUGGAGACUGAGAAUUUGCGGACUUUGUCGCACAAACUCAAUGCAUCCGCUAAGAAUCUGCAGAACUUCAUCACAGGCCGCCGUCGAGGAGGACAUUAUGACGGACGAGUUUCACGACGCCUUCCAAACGACUUCCUGACAUCAGUCGUGGAUCUCAUCGGAGCAGCUAAAAACCUACUAGCAUGGCUGGACAGGUCUCCAUUUGUCAGUGUUUCUGAGUACUCAGUGCUGAAGAACAAUAUUGUUCAGCUCUGUCUAGAGCUAACCACCAUAGUACAGCAGGACUGCACAGUGUAUGAAACAGAGAAUAAGAUUCUACAUGUGUGUAAGACUCUAUCAGGGAUCUGUGAGCACAUUAUAUCACUGUCGUCCGAUUCGCUGGUGUCACAGUCUGCACACCUCGAGGUUGUGCAUCUGACCAACGUUAUGCCCAGCGAGGGCUUGGGCAUGUACAUCAAAUCCACAUAUGAUGGUCUUCAUGUGAUCACUGGAACCACAGAGAAUUCUCCUGCAGAUCAGUGUAAGAAGAUCCAUGCCGGGGACGAGGUCAUUCAGGUCAAUCACCAAACAGUGGUGGGCUGGCAGUUGAAGAAUCUGGUCAACUGUCUCCGUGAGGACCCGAGUGGUGUGAUCCUCACACUGAAGAAGAGGCCUCAGAACACUCUGGGCUCUACUCCUGCACUGCUCAAGAACGCCCGCUGGAAACCACUCGCCCUGCAGCCUUUGUCCACAAGCCCAUGCAGUGGUUCUCCCACCCCACCCAGCACACUGGGGUCAGUGGGACUCUCACCUGGGGUGGACACACCAGGAGGACAUGAUGUUUUUAUUCUGUCCCCUGUCUAUGGACACAGAGAGGAGGAUCUGGAUCGGGGUGGCUUCGGUGUGUUUGGUUCAGAUUCUCCAGGGUAUUACGUAGAACAGGAGGUACUGGGGGGCCAAUAUUUUCCCCUCCUGGAAGAAGAAUCUGGGAGAAAUACUGGACUGCGACGCAGAGACCGGACCCCAACUCACAGUGACCUCCGACAGGUUUCCAUGGGAACUGAAUGGUUGGCAGAGCCUCAAGAAUCUGGAGUUUAUAAAAGAGGAAGCAGAGAUUCUGAUUCCUCCCUCUUGCGGUUUCUAAGUGAUGACAGAAUCCUGUUGAUCCAGGAGGAGGCAGAGUUUUCUCAACGUGACACAAGCAGGCGAUCCAGGAAAAAGAGCCGGAAUCCAAGCAGUCCCAGUUUUCCAAUCAGCCCCUCAAUGCUCGCUCCACCUGUGCGUCUUGACACAGGCCCCCCUGAGGGGCUGCCCUUCCCCGUGCCUGACUCAAACACAAUGCCACACUACCAUAGAGCUGCAGACACACUUCGAGCAGAUGCUGAUCGAUAUGCCAGUUCAGGACUUGACAGACAAGCAGGGGCAUCAAUGAGGAAGUCUGUACAUUAUGCCUCUCUGAGGACUAAGCCCAAGAAGAAAAGCAAAGGUUCCCUCAGUAGUGCCAGCAGGAGGCGUAUUGCCUGCAAAGAUCUGGGUCAUGGCGACUGUGAAGGCUGGCUAUGGAAAAAGAAGGACGCCACAGGCUACUUUACUCAGAAAUGGAAGAAGUACUGGUUUGUUCUUAAAGACUCCAACCUGUACUGGUACACCAAUCAGAAUGAUGAGAAAGCAGAAGGCUUCAUCAGUUUGCCAGAGUUUCGGAUAGACAGAGCGAUCGAAUGCAGGAGGAAACAUGCCUUCAAAGCAUGCCACCCCAAAAUUAAGAGUUUCUUUUUUGCUACAGAUCAUUUAGAGGAGAUGAACAGAUGGAUGAAUCGUUUAGGUUUGGCUGCUAUUGGCUACACGCCUGAUGAUCCAGUACCACGUCCUGAUGAAGAUUACUGGAGCGAGAGUGAUCAAGAUGAGGUUGAUGGCUCUAUGACACUCAAACAGGAAGCCACAUACCACCACAACCCCACUGCAACUUCGACCAGUCCAUUUCCUGAGCGUCACUUUUCCAGCGGCUCCACAUUCUCACAUUCCUCUGCCGAGGAGUCCCAUUCUUCUUGCCGAUCCUCCCAUCGAGAACGCCGCUCAUGGCAGGACCUGAUUGAAACACCUUUGACCAGCACAGGAUUACACUACCUGCAGACCGCAGAAGAGGAGGAACCAGGCCUGCUGUCACCUGACCAACUGCGGCAAGCCACGCUCCCCGCUCAGCGCCGGCGUCCUCUAGAGCGGGAAGGGCCUUUUCCAUUGACGGACAGCGAGGAGUCCAGACCCCGGCAUCACACUCACAAGCAGCGCAGCCAGAGCCUCCCUCGCCACCGUGACACGCACGGAGGACACUCGCACCGCAGCACUCGUACACACAUGCACACGCAUGGUACUCUGAGGCCACGAACUCACCUCCAUGAAGAAGAUGAGGAAGAAGAGGAGGAGAAACAUGUGCGGAAAGCCAGCAGCAGAAGGCCUGAGAGUGACGAGAAAGCAUCUGAUGGCACGGAUGGCCUUCAGGAGCUGUACAAAUCGCUGGAGCAGGCCAGUCUGUCUGCUUUCGGCCAGCAGAGGCCUUCCACCAAACAAGAGUUUAGACGAUCCUUCAUCAAACGCAGUAAUGACCCUGCCACGAAUGAACGACUGCACCGCAUACGGGUUCUCCGCUCCACACUCAAGGCAAAAGAGGGCGACUUGGCGAUAAUCAGUCAGGUGCUGGACGACCCUUGUUUGACCUCCAGGAAGUUUCGUGAAUGGAAGCAACGCAACCAUGAGCUCUUCCUGGAUAUCUGUGAGUUCAGCUCUGCCCCACUGGAACCGCCCAGCGAGUCCAAUGACCUUUCACCUCUGUCACCAACAACGCUGAUGAUGCACACUCACUCCUUCAUAGAAACACAUGUGUGAAACACAUUCACACACUCACACAACAAACAAACAGUCACACUCUUAAACAAAGACACAAAGGGAUACAAAUAAUGUGAGUCGUGCGUCUCAAGCCCACAUUCACACGCACACACACUUUAAAAAAAACACUGUGAAUUCAGACUGUCUUCACUUUUCCUUGACGGAUGACCUGAUACUGCCCUCCUCCUGACCGUGAGUGACACCGGAUUAAACCAAUACACUGUAAGAUCAAAUGUCGAUGAAGUGACCCAGCCUCUGGAACUACUGCAGACAGACAAACAAAGUCAGACUGCUUGCCAUGGGAGCGAAAGAGUUACGGCUCAUUGCAAACUCUGUACAAUAAAUUUCAUCACAGCCACUAUUUGAGACGGAUGGAAGAAAGGCCCUGUGAGGUGCCCAGUGCAUGCCUGAAGAAUCUUCAUCUUUCCAGAGUAAUUGACCACCAGUUGAACAAAACAGAACCGUAUAUAAAAAAGAAUCUCUUAUUUUUGUCUCUGAUUGGAGUGGGGGAAAAUCUUUUUUUACAUCUUAUGAGGAUUUUGUUCGCUUAUUUAUUUAUUUAUUUUCCUUUAUUUUGAUUUCCUUCCCUUGGAAUGCUGCAGGAAGAGCACUCAUGUAGCCAUGGGCAACAGGCUUCACUCUGUUACCAAGCAACACCGCCCUACUGUGUUACUCUAUACAACUCUCAAAGCAAGCAAGAGUGUUGGAAAGUGUGAGUGUGUGCGUGUGUGUGUGUGAGCAUGUGUGUGUAUUAGAGUAAUGAGAGAAAGACUGAAAGUGAGUCGACGGAUGUAGAAGAUUCUCUUUUGGAGAUUUGAGUUCGCAAAUGGGAAAAGAUGAACUCCUGGCAGGUAGUAACGCGUUUAAUUUGGCUUCUUUAGAAUAUUUAUAUUAUAGCUGAACUCAUGCAUGGUUUAAAAAAGUAUUACUAUAUGCUAUCAGGCCAGAGAACAGUCUGUAUAUAAGAAAAUAUUAUUUGCAUAGCUGCAUCCUCUGUUUAAAACUGUGAAUUGUACUCGUGAAUGCAAUCUUUUGACUCUGCCAACGCAGAACCUUUCUACUCUCUAUUUUUUUCUACAAAAAAAGAUGACAAAAGACGAAAAGCUUUGCUUCUCUGAUGUUAUGACUGUUUUUGCUUGUUUCCGGGUCUUUGCUGGUCAUUACCUCUGAGCUAUGGGCUACAUUCAGGUUGUUUCUGUUUGCUAAUGUCCGUGUUCCUUAGACAGACUCCACUAGCCAAAAGCUUACAUGUUAGCGUCAGUCCUUUUCAAUUCUAGACGUCAGUGGCUCAGGAUUCCACAAUUAGAUCAAGUCAAAUGGGAGAAAACCUGAGGUUCAAAUAUAGAAAGAAAUUGGUUCAUUCCUGGCUGUGAAGUGGAAAAUGUCCCCCUCUUCUAAUAAAUGUUGUGUGUGUGUGUGUGCCCUCAUCCCUCCACACCCAAACGCAUUGCUUUUAAACACAGCCCUGCAUAUGAGCUCAGUGUUACAGUUCUGUUUGAUUGUCACUUUUAGGAUCUUGUGGGAUGUAUUUUAAUUGAAUAGAAUGUAUUCAUUCAUUACUAUCUGUGAGACUCAUUAGAACAAACACACAGACACUACCCACACACAGACAAUACUUUCAUGUUUGUGGUCGAUGCUUUCUUACCAAAGCAACUCUCAGAAUCACAUCUGCUCAUUACAGCUUCUCUUUUAAUGAUUCUUUUAUGUGAAUGUUGGUUACACUUUACUGUUUCAUCCCAUGAUGUGUGUGUGUAUGAAUGAGUGCGUGUUUUCCAGGCCAUCGGGGUUUCACUGUGGUUUUAAGGGCAUGUCCCCCCUCUCCCCCCACACGGCUAUGCUGUAUAAGGUGUAAGUUGCACUGCAACAUUGAGACGGAACAUAUUGCUCUUUUUUCAAGGUUUUCUUUCAAAAAGUCCCCUUCUGUAUAUUAAAACACCAGGAAGAGCCUGAUAUUUAUUCACAGUAUUAUUCAAAGCUAACCCUCUUUGCUUUCAGAAAUAUAAAUACAUAUAAAAAUAUAUAUAAUACAGAUUGUAAAAUGUUAAACUAAUAAACUGAGUUCUCUGCA